GUGGGGGAAGGUGCGCUUGUUGAGUGGAAAGUUCCAGUGUUCAUUUUAUUAUUUUUUUAAAACAAUAUAAAUAUUCGAUGUCAAAUCUUAAGUCUAUAUAAUGCUGAUAUUCUGUUAAUCAAUUGAAUUUCAUUGUGUUCACUAAAUAAUGAUUAAAGAGUUAUUUUGUGAACGAUUGAUUCCAAACGUCGUUGGUUUUGUCUGUGGAGAACGUUUCACUCGACCCUUUAUGUUUAAUAGUUGUAUAUUUGACGUGUCUAUUCAAUAUAUGUUGAGAUAAUCAUAUAAUAAAGCAGUAAAACUGCUUCUAAAGUCGAUAAACCAAAUCCUAGUGCAUCAUUUCAGUUCCUUGCGAAAUAAACUACGUAACCCAACUUUAAACAGCUGACUUUGUUUGAUAUUUUGUGUAGUGGUUUCACCUGUUAACACUUGGCAAAACACAUUUAUACAUAUCAUGAUAACAACCCAAUUGUUUUGUUUUCUUUUACUGAAUUAACAUUAAAACAUAAAUUCACUAAAAUGUCCACGAGUGCAUCGUCUAACGCAUAUUUAGAAUUAUCUGAAAACCCCGUGCGUUUUGAAGCAGUAAAUCAAGUCACAAAUGUUUUCUUUGAUGACUCAAAUAAGCAAGUUUUUGCUGUACGUUCGGGUGGAGUAAUGGGCGUUGUGGUGAAAGGUCCAAAUGAAAACACAAAACCAAUCAACUUUCGAAUGGAAGAUCAUGGGCCAGUUAUCUCCAUUAAAUUCUCUCUGGAUCAGAAGAUUUUGGCAGUGCAAAGAACAACAACUUCAGUGGAAUUCAUGAAUUUCAAUAGCAUGACAGUAGAAACAGAGUACAGCCAACAAUGCAAGAAAAACUCAGCAAUUGUGGGCUUUGUAUGGUCACAGAACAAUGAAGUUGCAUUCAUGACUGACCAUAGUGUGGAACUCUAUCUUGUGAUACCAGAGAAACGCUCUCUAAAGCAUCUUAAAACAUUAUCAGUUACCAUUCAAUGGUUUGUGUGGUGUUCAGUGAGUAAAACAGCACUUUUGGCAUCUGCACAAGGAUCACAUCUGCAACCAGUUGUGUUUAAACCUGGUUCUAUUAGUAAACUACCAAAAGUUGAAACUGAACCUGGGCGCAUGGCAUUAGAAAGAGAUGUGACAUUAUCAACUCUAUAUGGGGUUUUAUCAGUGCUGAUUCUUAGACAUCAGAGUGGUGUACAAACUGCAGAGGUUCAUAUUCAUACUUUGAAUGGAUUGGGCCAAGCUCCAGUGAAAAGUCAUGUGUUAAAGCUGGGCUUAACCGGACGAUUUGCUAUUAAUAUUGUGGACAACUUAGUUUUAAUUCAUCAUCAGGCUUCCAGAAGUUCCUUGGUAUUUGAUAUUGCAUUACCAAUUGAAAGUGAUGGAAAUGUCACUUACCACACGCCAAUUGCACCAGCACGAUCAUUAAAACCCGCUACGUUGUCUGUGCCAGGUUUGGUUGAACCACAGACUCAUGUUUGUGAACUUUAUUCGCCUAAUUGGGUUGUAUUCCAACCAAAUAUCGUAAUUGAUGCAAAACUUGGUUGUUUAUGGCAUUUAAACUUAUGUCUACGCGAACUUUGUCAGCAAAUUCAGGAUUUGGGUAUUUGUGCACAAUUGAUAUUAAAAAGAGAAGGCGGAAAAGAUGUUCUGUUAGAAGUUUUAUUGUUAACAAUUAAACAAGACCGACCACCGUUGAAGAAAAUCCGCGAGUUCUUCAAUCACAUAAACCAUGUCUACCGCGCAUGGGCAGAAGGCGAGCUAACCAGUCAAAUUGCAUCGCCGGCGAAUGCGCCGAUUAAUUCCAAGCAGGCUUGCAAACCACCAGUGCUAAUUGAACAAAUUGAUAUUUAUAAUAAUAUCCUACAACAGUUGGAUAAGGAUGAGCAAUUUGAGAAACUAGAAUGGAUUUUAAUCGCAUUUGUCACAUCUUUAUCCGAAUAUUCCAUACCUGCUCAACAUAAUAUCAACGAAAUGUUAUUAACAACUCUGGUGCGAAGAAAGAAGUUUUCUUCAUUGCAACAACUUUUGCAAUAUGGCGUCGUGUCUGAUUCCAAACCACUGGCAUGUCUUUUACUUUCAUUGGGAAAUGUUCAUCCAGCAGCUUCACAACUUGCUUUAGAUAUGUUGAUGCGAUUAAAUGCUGUGGAGGAGAUUCAAGAGGUUUUGUUAAGUCAAGGACAAUUGCUGUCUGCGUUAAAACUGGGCAAUGAUAAUGUCAGUGUGCGGAAAUUCUUGGAUGCUGCCAAGACGUCUGGUGAUCCAGCUUUGUUUCAUAGUGCAUUGCACUAUUUCAAGUCUAAUCCUCAUUUUUCCAAGGCAUGGGAAGAUGAACGACUUGGAGAAUACGCUGUUAUGUAUGAGAGCCUAUUUAAUUAAUUGACUGUAAUGUAAUAAUAUGUAUCUAUUGUUGUUAUAAAAAUAUACUUAUUAUGUUAUGUUUUA